CAUUUUAUGUACUUACGACAUUGUCAGUAAAUCGUAUUUCGUCGCUGAUGUUACGUCGUUACUAGAUACCUUUUAUCUCGUGGUGGGCUCGUGUCCCUAUAAUCAUGCCACAUCUUGGAUUCGUAAUUUUCGCAUUUUCAAGCAUACUUUCGCUAACCAACGGAUUCUCUACACCGCCGUCUACUCGUAUAAUAAAUAAUUGCCAAAAUGGACCUAGCUCGAAUUCAAACCUAAGAAACGAAAAAGGACAACCUGCUGAGAAUUCAUUGGAACAUGAAAUCUACAGAUUAACCGAUGAAUUAUCACCAACCUCUUACGAGCUGAGAUUGGUGCCUGAUUUGAAGACCUUCACUUUCGGCGGUAAAGUAGAAAUCUCGAUUCGAGUGAAAUUUACCACCAAUAAGAUCAUUCUUCAUAGCAGAAAUCUCACUGUACAAAGUGUGAGAGUGUUCAAAAUUGAUACAUCGAGGAUACUCGUGAACACCAGUUACAAUUUAGAUGAAUUCAACGAUCUGCUGAUCAUUGAGACUUCGCAGUGUUUGCCUUUCAGCACAGAUUACAUCAUUGUGAUCGAAUUUCAAGGUGUGCUGGGCGAUAAUUUUAAAGGAUUUUAUCGCAGUUCAUACACCAUCGGGUCUGCAGAAAAAUGGAUAGCAGUAACUCAGUUGGAAACAAAUUAUGCACGUCGAGCAUUUCCUUGCUUCGACGAACCUCGUUUCAAAACACCAUUCACAAUUUACUUAGCAUGUUCUCCAGAUCAAUUCGCUGUGAGCAAUAUGCCCAUGGAAAGUCGGCUACCUUCUGACUCGAUGAGUGGCGCAGACCGUCUAUGGGUGAAAUUCCAAAAAUCUCCAGCUAUGCCUACAUACUCGGUAUCGUACAUGGUAUCGGAUUUCUCCUACAUCACCGAAACAGGAGGCAAUAAUAUACGCUUGAUCGCGAGAAACAAUACCCUUCAGAAAGGCAUCUACGCUUUAAAACAAGCCAUCAAAGCACUCAAACAACUCGAAGGAUACAUCGGUAUUUCGUACAAGUUGCCAAAACUGGAUCUCGUAGCUGUUCCAGAUUUCUCCAAGGGUGGAUCUGAAAACUGGGGUGAUCAGAAUUGGGGUACAGGAAGCUGGGGCAUGAUCACUUUCAGAGAACGUAGCUUGCUCAUGGAUGAAUCAAGGAGCAGUGCUAGACACAGACAAGAGAUUACUGAAACCAUCACUCGAGAACUCGCUCAUCAGUGGUUCGGAAACUCGAUUACACCGGCAUGGUACAGUUACUUGUGGCUCAAAGAGGGAAUCGCUCGUUACCUCGGAGCAUAUAUAACAGCAGCGCUCGAACCAAAUUGGAACCUCGAUCAUUUAUUUGUGGUAGAAAACGUGCUUGUGGCUUUAAAGCGAGACAGGUUCGCUUUAAGACCUUUGACGACCACGAUUCAGAAAAAUUUCGAAAUUGGGAUGAUACAAGAUACCAUAACUUACAACAAAGCUGCCUCCAUACUCAGAAUGUUCGAACACAUGUUAUCACCCAACACGUUCAGAAAUGCACUCCAUCGUUUCCUCAGCGAAGGAGAAAAAAUUCAUCGAGGUGUCGUAAUCGAGAAAAACCUUUUGGACGCAUUCGAUAUCGAAUCACAACGGUUUCCGGUCAAUGUACCACCUCGUUUGUCGAUUACUGAAAUAAUGAAAGGUUGGACUGAAAACAAUGGAUAUCCUUUGAUCUCUGUCAAUCGUAGUUACGACGAUGGAAAAAUUAAUAUCACUCAGUCACCUCAUACUGUCAGGAAAUUUCCUUCACCUAUAAAGAACCAAAAUUGGAUAAUACCUUUGACCUAUACGACGAAAUCUAAACUUAAAUUUGACGACACUAGACCUACCUUAUGGUCUUUGGCUGAUGGUCCGAUACGAUUAUCAGAAAAUAUUUCAAAUACCGACUGGGUUUUGUUCAAUUUACAACACGUUGGACAUUAUAGAGUAAACUACGACCGGACGAAUUGGAACCUGUUGAUUGAUCAAUUAAAGCAAGAUCAUCGAAAAAUACACGUCUUGAAUAGAGCUCAAUUGAUCAGCGACGCGUAUUCUUUAGCUCAAGAAAAACACUUGACUUACCAAGUGGCCAUAAAAUUAACAGAAUAUUUAGUCAAUGAGACUGAUAUGAUACCUUGGUAUGCGGCUAUUCAACAAUUCAACCACUAUCCAUUGCGAGACAGAUUAAAAACGGGAAACAGUAGCGAUAGAUUUUUGACGAAUUACCUUCACAAUUUGUUCAAACAAUCAUUCAACAAGAUCGGAUUCGAAAUCAAGCCCAACGAUAGCCACGUUACGAAAAUCGUUAAACCAAAAUUCUUAGAAUGGGCUUGCAAGCUAGACGUAGAAGACUGCAUAAGAAAAUCACUCGAAGAGUACGAGAAAAAUAAGGCUGACCUCACCAAAGUCCAAGCUGAUUUAAAACCAGUGGUGUAUUGCUACGCUUUGCGUAACUCUACCGAUCAACGAGCAGUUUACAAAAAUUUAUGGACUAUGUAUACAAAUUACGAUGAUCCUUUCGAAAAACAUAAAAUUCUCGCCGCUGUGCUUUGCGCCACAGAUACAGAAGUUAUCAAACAGACACUAUCAAAAAUAAUCGAUCCGAAAAACAAAGAAAUCCGAAAACAAGACCAGAUGCGUUUCAUAGAUGCAUUCGCGUGGCACGGUCCAGCAGGAACUGCAGUGUAUGAAUUUAUGCUCGAAAAAUUGGAUAACACAACGCAACUUGACAGCGAUGACGUUGAAUUUUUAAUACUAUUGCUCAGAUAUACAUCAGACGACAACACUGAGCGUAUACAACUGAAGAAAGAUUUGGGCGUUAAAUUUAGCUCGCUGGAUCAAAAUAAAUAUGGUGAUCUUACUACGGUAAUUAAACAACUGCUAGGAAACGGUAUAAACAUGAUGGAGCGCAAUUCGAGAAUACUUGAACGCAUUCAGAAAGAAGCAUUGCAAUUGAAUGAAUAGGUAGUUGGACAUGGUCAAACGGACACAAAACAAUUAUUCCAAAUUUUACUUAUCAUCAUUUCUGUGUUUGAUAUACGCCACCUGGCCUUAAUUUUACUCAUCAAAUACCUACAUACAAAGUUAACGCAUACUGUCUUUUAGAAAAUGGAAUGUCAUAAGGAAACUCAUUAUUGGAAAUUAUUUUCAUUCGACUGUUGCACUUCCAGUAAUGUCUGAAUAAAAUCAACACAAAUAAAGUUGAUUUGAUUUGA